AUGGCGUCCACCACCCAAACUACUCCGGCCACCACUGAAGUCAUCCAGCUUCACGCUACUACACACUUCCCUAUCAAACUCACACCUACGAAUUUCCCAAUCUGGAGGCGCCAGGUUCACUCUACACUCAUUGGCCUCAACCUCCAUGGCUAUGUUGAUGGUUCUGUCCAAGAACCGCCUAAGUUUUCUGGUUCGGCUCCAACAGCCACAAACCCAGAUUAUUUACAUUGGGCCCGUCAAGACCAAGUCAUCGUCAGUCCACUCUUAGAGAGUUGUUCUGACUCGAUUCGACCUCUCGUGUCUUCGGCUUCGACAACCUAUGAUGCUUGGCAAUGCCUAGCCACUACUUACGCUAGUGCGUCUCAAAGCCGAGCUCGUAUACUUUCCCUCAAAAUCGAGCUCACUCAAAAUCCGAGAGGUACUCGGUCGAUUUCUGUAUUUUUGAAUGACAUGCGAUCCAUCGCUGAUGCACUCGCGUUGGCGCAGUCCCUGGUCUCUGAUGAAGACCUUGUCAUGUACAUUCUAACGCAGCUCGGGGAUGAAUAUCAUUCAAUCUUCUCCGCUGUUUGCGUCCGACAGAAGCCUAUUUCCUUAGCGGAACUAGCCGAUGUUCUCAUUGAUCAUGAACGUCAGUUACAAGCCGAUGACCGAGCACGCCAAACCGUGCUGGCUACUGCCAAUAUCACUCCUACUACUGCUCCUUUGCGGUCAUUCUCCGAGUACAAUGGUCCAGACCAAAUACGCUUGGGUGACGGUAACUCUUUACACAUGUCUCACAUUGGUCAUGCUGCAAUUCCCACCCCUUCUUCUGCCCUUAGUCUAGAAAAUGUCUUGCAUGCUCCACAGCUGCACAAAAGUUUAAUUUCUGUUUCACAACCUUGUAAAGCUAAUCGUGUGUCUAUUGAGCUCUUUGCGUCUCAGUUUGUCGUGAACGAUCUUCAAACCGGGAUGGCAUUGUUACGGGGGCCGAACAUUAAUGGUGUGUACCACAAUACUCUCUCUUAUGAGCCUCAAAUGAAUGCCACGCACCUGCCAUCUGUGUCUGAAUGGCACCACCGGUUGGGGCAUCCGUCAAAUAUGGUGUUACAACUCGUGUUGCAACACUGCACAAUUCCAGUUUCUACUGCUGUCACACCAUCGUCCCCUGUGUCCACCCAGCCUGGAGUUGUUCCGAUCCCCACUCUGACUCCUACUCUACCUUCUGUGUCUUCCCCGGCUAGGUCUCUCUCUAGCGUAGCCGACUACCCGCAACCUGCACCAGUAGAUGUUCAAACUCAUGUUUCAACACAAUCCGGCGAUAAUGGUUUGGACAUCCCCACUGGUUUACCUUCAGCUGCGUCUAGUUUGUCACCCCCUGGUUGUUCGUCUUCCGCUGUUCCAGAACAUAGUCGUCACACCAACCAGUCUGGAUCCUUGCCUGUCACCACCUCCGGAGGUUCCCAAACGCAAAAUGAUUUACGCCGGACUACCCGAGAGCAUCGUCCCAAUCCCAGGCCGCUUACGGAUCAUCACUGGCAAGCUGCAAAAUGGCUUCUUCGCUAUCUCAAAGGUACGGUUUGCCAUGGCCUAUUUCUACGGGCGGGUCAGCCGUUGUCUCUACGAGUGUUCACUGACUCUGAUUGGGGAGGUUGCACCACCGAUAGCCGUUCUACCACCGGAUAUUUGGUGUAUCUGGGCGACAAUCGCAUUUCCUGGAAGUCCACGAGACGCAAAUCCGUUUCGUUAAGCCUUCGGUCCAAGAUUGGAGUCUCCGACGACGGAUCCUCCAUCUUGCGGGGGCGUGUUAAGCCAAUAUGUGGCUAG